AAAGUCAAAACAAAAAAUUUGUUCGGAUCACCCGAUUUUUUUUUUUAAUUUAAAUUAAAUUAUAUCUUACAAAUUAUUAAAUAAAAACCUCGCAUGGUGUCGGAACCCUGAAGUCUGGAAAGCAUUGAUAACCUAGACUUUCGCUUGCACCCUUAAGGCAAGAAGAAAGGUCUAAUUAUGAAUGUUUUUCAGAAAUGCCCCAACACGUCGGAGCUGGAACCCUUAUACCUUCCCCAGCAGUUGUUUUUGCGCCCCAUCGCCAAACUCAACAUUUCACUACAGCUUCCAAAUGUAAAAAAAUUAGGAAAAAGUGUAUCCCAUUGGGAGAUUAUGGAUAAAUUAAAGGAGCUGAUUAAACCCGAUGAGUUUUCUGUUCUCAAAGUCACAAAAACUACUGUCGAGUUUGUAAGGUUCGUGGCCGAAGUAGAAAAAAGAUCUAAACUUGAGCGCGUAAUUUCAAAAGUGAACAACAAGAUGAUCAAGCUGAAGGAUUUUGCUGAAAUGAUGAGAGUGAAAGCUGCAGAAGCUCCAUCAGAAUAUCCAAACCGGAGGGUUUGGGAUGCCUUUUUUGCAGAGGCAAAAAACAUGGAUGAAAUGAAACCUGGAGAACGUCCAGACACAAUGCAUCUGUCUAACCUGCCAUCCAAAUGGUUUAUUCCUUACCAUUUAAGGAAUGAAGAUGAUGUCACUCCUUCAGAAAAAAUUUUCUACCGAGUAUUUGAAAAAUUCGGCAACAUUCGCUAUGUAGACAUACCAACCUGCGACCCAUACCGGAAAAAAAUGAAAGAUCAUAUUUCUGGAUUGAAAUACUCUAGCUUUGAUAAGCUAGAUUGGUUUGAAGGUUACGUGCAAUUUAAGGAUUAUAUUGGAUUCACCAAAGCCAUGGACUUUUUUCGCGAUAAGAAAUUGGUCCAUAAAGAAGAGGAUGGUGAAGUGGAAGUGGAAAUUAGAGUUGAUUUUGAUAAGACUAAACACUUAAGUGAUGCAUCAAUAAGAAGAAGGGAAAUUGUCAGAGACAGGCUAGUGAAGAAAGUCAUGGAAAAAGAGGAGAGGGAUAAGCAAGAACUAGAAGAAAAAAAGAAGCAAGAAGAGGCUGAAAGAAAAAAGGAAGAGAAUUUAAAGGCCCAAAAAGAAAUUCGACGACGGAUGCGAGAAGAAAAGCGAAAAGCUAAAAUUAUGAAAAAGUUGGAGAUUACAGGAUCUGAUGAGAUCAACGAGAAGAUCGCUAGGGAAGAAAAGAAGCUGAUCAGAGUACAGAGGAAGCUUGAAGCCAUUAGAAUUGUAGAAGAGUUAUUUAGACGAGUUAAAGAGAAAAAUGAGGGAGAAAUGCAGAGGUACGGUAAUAUUCCUGAUCCAAGGGGUGAUGAGGUAAAAAGACUUAAAAACAUGAGAGAGCUCGACUAUCUGAACCAGAAAGAGAAAUUACAUAACGCAGUCAAAGGGCGAGUGAUGCUAAAAAGUAUUCUAUCCAAUGAUGUUAAAACAAAAAGAUUUUCUGAUUCCUCCGAUUCAGAACCAUCUUUAGAUGGCGAUCCGAGAGAAAGACGAGGACCGCAAAUGCCCAUGAGAAAUCAUCUGGGCCACCCAGCAAAUAUGAUCUUCGAUGGUGGUCACGGGCCCCCUCCUGCCUCAGUAUACGGUUUUCCUUAUCCUCCGAUGUUUCAUAAUCCAUAUGUAGCUCCUUCGAUUUAUCCAGAUAUAGAUAUUUACGCUGUGUACCGGGGUGGUCCUAGAGGUAGAGGUCGUGGUAGAGGAAGAGGUGGCCAAAGAGGUAGAGGCGGAGGACCACCGGGAGCAAGAGGUCCCUACCCUCAAGAAAUUUAUGAACCAUAUUCUGCCAGAUAUUACAAUAAAAAUGCUCAAAGUCAACAUGACGAUAGGGUUAGGCACAAAUCUCGCAGUUAUUCUCCAAGAAAUUCAUCUCAAAAAUACCGAUCCCGUUCCAGAUCUAAAAGUAGACGACGCACUUAUAGCCGAUCAAAGAGUAGGAGUUAUUCUAGGACCAGAAGAUCUAGGAGUAGGACUCGUUCAAGAUCGAGAAGACAUUCUGAUAGACGGCACAGCCGAGAUAGUAGAAGCAGGUCAAGAAGCCAUAGAAGAAAAUCCAGAUCUCGGUCCAGAGACCGCAGUCGAUCUCGAAGCCGUUCAAAGGAGCGAGAAUCAAGAGACAAUAAAAGAUCAAGAAGUAAAAGUAGUGAGAGACGGCGUCAACGAUCGAGAAGUAAAUCAGGUGAACGUGGAACCAAUGAUAAUAAACGAAAAAGCCGGUCAAGAUCACGCGAAUCUAUAGACUCCUCGAAAUUUAAAACGCCAAGGCAGCUGUUAAAAGAACGACAGCAACAAAAAAGAAGUAGAAGUAAGUCUUGGUCACUUCCAAAAGACGGGGAACAAGCUGAAAAGUCCUGGUCAGGGAGUCCAAACAAAAAGGAAGAUGAUAAAAGUGUUUGAACAAAUACGAGUAGUCUUUAAGUUGAAUUAUUUGUUGUUUUUUUUUUAAUUUGAAGUAUUUGUUAUAAAAUUUUGGAGUUUUUGAUGUUUAGUUUAAAGUAAUUAGGAUAAAAUUAACAAAACUAAAAAUAUUGUUAUGGAUAAAUAGAAUUGUGGUAUAAAUUGA